AUAUUACCAGGCUUAGUCAAAUUGUGUCGAAAGUCCGACAUGUCUAUGACAGUCGACGAAGUGGCGGCCGCGCCCCGCGACCCCAAGCCUGUCCCCAAUAUCCCAUCCAAUGUCUUCGAACAAUUCAGCAUGAAAGGCCGAGUGGUGGCUAUCAAUGGCGCCUCCGACGGAAUCGGGUUUGCUGCAGCAGAGGCCAUGGCAGAGGCCGGCGCCGACGUUGCCUUGUGGUACAACAGCAACGAUGCUGCAAUAGCCAAAGGGGAGACCCUGGCCAAGACCAUGGGAAUCACAGCCAAGGCCUACAAGGUGGACGUGUCAGACCCAGAAGCAGUGCGGAAGACCAUAGGUGCCGUGGUGGAGGACUUCGGAAAGCUGGACGUGUUUGUGGCGAACGCAGGGAUGGCCAUCUCUAAGCCCAUCACUGAGCAGACCAUUGACGAGUACAAGAAGCAGUACUCGGUCAAUGUAGAUGGUGUCUUCUACUGCUCUAAAUAUGCCGGCGAGGUGUUCAAGAGACAAGGCUUCGGAAACCUCAUCAUCACAUCCAGCAUUUCGGCCCGCAUAGUCAAUGUCCCGGUCGACCAGCCCGUGUAUAACUCAACCAAGGCGGCCGUGACACAGCUGGGGAAGAGCCUGGCCCGGGAGUGGCGCGAAUUUGCGAGGGUCAACAUUGUUUCGCCGGGCUUUUUCGAUACAAAAAUGGGCGCUUCGCCCCAGGUUUUCAACGAGGGUAUUCGAAUGACGCCGCUGGGCCGCCAGGGCGAUGUGAAGGAGAUCAAGGCUUUGUAUUUGUAUCUCGCGAGUGAUGCAUCGACCUAUGUAACAGGCAGUGACAUAGUCAUUGAUGGUGGAUAUACUCUACCAUAGUCUGGAAUCACCUGAUAGAUUGAGA